CGGUGGCUGCAACAGCAGGAAGCACUGAGCUCUAUCAUCAGACAGUGGAAACACAACCACAACAUGCAGGGCUGAAGCUGUUCGUUCACUGAAGGACAACUCUACUGACCAAUAGUUGCUGUUUUUACAGAUGAGAAGGAGAGAGAAUAAACUCUUACUGUCUGAGACCUGAGAAGAAAGGAAAGGAGAAGAGGAUAUAGUAAAAGAGAGAUACUUUACUGCUUUCUCUGAGACCUGAGGAGAAGAGAAGAGAGGAGAGGAUAUAGUAAAAGAGAGAUACUUUACUCCUUUCUCUGAGACCUGAGGAGAAGAGAAGAGAGGAGAGGAUAUAGUAAAAGAGAGAUACUUUACUGCUUUCUCUGAGACCUGAGGAGAAGAGAAGAGAGGAGAGGAUAUAGUAAAAGAGAGAUACUUUACUCCUUUCUCUGAGACCUGAGGAGAAGAGAAGAGAGGAGAGGAUAUAGUAAAAGAGAGAUACUUUACUCCUUUCUCUGAGACCUGAGGAUAGGAGAAGAGAAAAGAGGAGGAGAGGAUAUAGUAAAAUAGAGAUACUUUAUUCCUCUCUCUGAGCCCUGAGGAGAAGAGAAGAGAGGAGAGGAGACAAGAAGAGGCCGUAUUUUUCUGUUUUAGUCUCUGAUGGAGGAUGUUCUUCAGUGAUGCAGAUGUAACAGCCUGUGAGUCAGGACAUGCAAUUCUACUACGUGUACGUGGGUGACCAUACGUGGGCGACCAUGUUGGGCCAGAGUGUCCGUCUGCAGCCAGUACCCAUCCAGAGCCUGUCUGAGCUGGAGAGAGCCCGGCUGCAGGAUGUGGCCUGCUACCAUCUGGAGAAGAUGGACCUGGACUUCAACAUCAGCAUCCCCAGAGAAAUCCGCAAGAGGAGGAAAUCACUCAGACGGAGGUUUGACUCCUCCAAAGAGAAGAAAGAGAAAGAACGAGAGACAGCCGCCAAGGCAUUUGGUAUAUCCCUCUCCCAGGCGAUAGCCAACGACCGGGCGUACAAGCAGCGCCAGGAUGCUCUGAAGGAGAGUAGAAGAGACUGUCUGGAUCUGGAGGCCAGCGUCCUGAUGUUCCGGGCUGAAAAACGGCAGCUUAGCGACGGGAACAAACCCCUCUGCAGCACGGCUUCACCACCCUUCAGUGGAUCUACGGCUUCAUCUUCCUCAUCCUCGUCAGUACUGGAGCUGCACAGCAAUCCACUGUCACCCAGGUUCCUGGAUAACACGGCUAGAGUGCAGAGACGGGGUGGCCUAUCAGUGGACUGCAUCUCAGAUCUUGUAGAGAGUCAGUCCCGCCUAUUGGAGGCGCUGCAGCUGUCCCACCCUGCAGAGCUGGAGCUGAAGAAGACUGCACCCGGAGCCGGGGUGCGGACCCAGACCAAGCUCAGCCUCAACCCCAUCUAUAAACAGGUCCCCCGCGUGGUGGAACGCUGCUGCUGUCACAUAGAGAGACAUGGGCUACAAACUGUGGGGAUUUUUCGUGUUGGCAGCUCCAUAAAGAGAGUUCGGCAGCUGCGUGAGGACUUUGACAUGGGGCCAGAUGUGUGUCUGGAAGAGGAGCACAGUGUCCAUGAUGUAGCAGCUCUGCUGAAGGAGUUCCUCAGAGACAUGCCUGACCCUCUACUGCCUAGAGACCUCUACUCUGCUUUCCUCCACGCCAACCUUCUGCAAGGAACAGACCAGUUCCUGUACCUCCAGCUGCUCCUCUACCUGUUACCGGCCUGUAACUGUGAUACCCUGCUCCGCCUCCUCACCCUGUUACACACCGUACAGAGCCACGCACAUGACACCACAGGACCACAGGACACCACAGGACCACAGGACCACGUGUUCCUAGGCAACAAGAUGACAGCAACAAACCUGGCGGUGAUCUUUGGUCCCAACCUGUUGCAGGGGGAAGGGGGCGGAGGGGACAGGGAGAUGAGUCCUCACGCCAUGGGCAUCGAGGACAGCACUGCCAUCAUCAACGUCACCCUGCAACUUAUACAGAACUACAGGCGACUGUUCACGGUGUCAGCAGAGCUCCAACAAGAGGUGCUGAUGAGUCUCAUUCAGACAGAUCCUGACAUCAUCGACUAUCUUCUCCGCAGGAAACUCAGUCACCUGGAGGUGGGGACAGUAGAUUCUACAGGGGGUCGGCGGGACACGGGGGUGUCUCUGGACUCUGUGGGGGCAUUCAGUGGUAGCCUGUCACCCCUGGAGACCCCCUCGCCAUUCUUCAACUUGUCCCCCCUGGAGCCCCCCUCUCCCCUCUUCAACCCUGACGGGCCCGGGGACGGCAGCCUGACCAGUGAGGUGUUCUUUAACCUGGAGGCGCUACGACACCACAACAAGAAACGCUCCAACGUGAUCCUGUCCAAGUCCAUCGGCCAGAUGAGACAGUUCCACUCCAACCACAACCUCCUGAGUCUGGCCCAGUCCUCUAGCAGCUCCAGAGUCCACCCAGAGGACAGCUACCAUGCCCAGGAACAGAGGGCUCCGCUGGGGGAAGAUCUGAGCUUCACCCUGGGGGCUGCCUCAUGCUCCAGCCUGGGAGGACAGGGGGAUAACAGUGUCUGGGUGAGGCAGACACCCCAGGAGGAGAGAGAGAAACAGGUGGCUAACAGUGUCUGGGUGAGGCAGACACCCCAGGAAGAGAGGGAGAAGCCACCUCCUAGUAAUUCCAGUUAUUUCUGGGACUUCUUCACAGGGAAGAGCUCGGGGUCGGAGACCAUGGUAUGAUAGGACAGGACACUGGGGGGUGCGGUGGAGGGGUGAGCGCAUUCCAGGGGCGGAUUGGGACUAGAAAUCGUUGGAGCAGCCAGUUUCCAGGCUGAUGGAAGGUGGUUGGACCAUGGACUCUAUGGGGGCCUCCAGUGGUAGCCGGUCACCUGACCAUGAGAGAGAGGGUAUAUACACGUGUCAGACAAGCACAACCCAAACAUACUAAACACACUGUUUUAUACUAACACUGCUUGGGACUAACAUUACCGAGGAAUUUUAUAUAUAUUUUUUUACUAUUGUUCCUAUAUCUUCUUUGGACUCCGUGUGAUGCGUCUGGAGACUAUGUUAUGGUACACUAUCCCUUAUCACAGUACAGCUUUUUACUAGGCUCAUUAAUUAAGUUUGAAACAUUGGUUACAAUGAUGUGGGGUGGGGGCGGGGCGGUUCUGUAAGAUGUACCGAAAAGUGUAUAUAACUUCUUUGCUUCAGCUUCUGAUGCAUAAAACAAGAAAUUGGGGCCUCUUCUUUCUAUUCCACAAGAGGGCAACCUUUACCACACCUCGUAUAUACACCAUCUGGCUGGCUGCUGUGGACUGGAACUGUUACCACACUUCAUAGGACUAUUUGAAUUAACUACCAGGGACAAUAUGGCCGUAGAUAUGUUCUACAAGUAAAGACAUUAGUUUAAAAAAAAAAAACUUUUUUAUUUAACCUUUAUUUAAGACAUACCUAAAGAUUCUGAGAAUGCUGUGUACUGUACAGACCUACCUGAAGAUGGAGAGAGAAUGCUGUGUACAGACCUACCUGAAGAUGGAGAGAGAAUGCUGUGUACAGACCUACCUGAAGAUGGAGAGAGAAUGCUGUGUACAGACCUACCUGAAGAUUGAGAGAGAAUGCUGUGUACAGACCUACCUGAAGAUGGAGAGAGAAUGCUGUGUACAGACCUACCUGAAGAUUGAGAGAGAAUGCUGUGUACAGACCUACCUGAAGAUGGAGAGAGAAUGCUGUGUACAGACCUACCUGAAGAUGGAGAGAGAAUGCUGUGUACAGACCUGCAGUUGAAGUCGGAAGUUUACAUACACCUUAGCCAAAUACAUUUAAACUAAGUUUUCACAA